CCAUUCUGACAGGUAUGAGGUGGGAUCUCAUUGUGGUUUUAAUUUGCGUUUCCCUGAUAAUUAGUGAUGUUGGGCACUUUUUCAUAUACAGCAGGUUCUUGAAUAACAUUGUUUCAUCAGCAUAGUUUUGUUACAAAUUCGACAAGAUACCAUAGGAACUUAACUCGUGUUUAUAUCACUUAGCUUUUUGUAAAACUGGUUUCCUUGUAUGUUGUUUCACCACAGUUCCAAGAGCCUGAGGACAACAUUAAGUGAGGACUUACUGUACCUGUUGGCCAUCUGUAUGUCUUGUUUGGAAAAAUGUUGAUUCAGAUCCUCUGUACAUUUUAAAAUCAGGAACAGGCCGGGCUCUCUCCAUGGGUCACUGCCGCCUCUGCCACGGGAGAUUCUCUGCACGGAGUCUCCGCAGCAUCUCUGGCCGGGCACCUGGGCAGAGCUCAGAGAGACCACCCUCAGGGGAGCGUGUUUUCAUCAGGGACUUCCAGCACCUCCUGGGGGUGGCCAUCCACCAGGAUCCAGCUUUGUCUCAGUUUGUCUGCAAGAACUGCCAUGCCCAGUUCUAUCAGUGCCAUGGCCUCCUCAAGUCCUUCCUGCAGAGAGUCAACAUGUCCCCGAUGGGCCCCCGGAAGCCCUGCACACAGGUGGGUGCCCAGCCCCCGAAAGAGGCGGAGGAGGGAGCGUGUCUGGUGGACCUGAUCACAUUGAGCCCCGAAAGUCUGCGCGGCUUGGUGGGGUGGGUACAUGGACACGCGGCCAGCUGUGGAGCCCUGCCCAGCCUCCAGAGGACGCUGUCCUCCGAGUAUUGUGGUGUCAUCCAGGCUGUGUGGAGCUGCGACCAAGGCCACGACUAUACCAUGGAUGCCAACUCUAGCUGCGGGGCUCUCUUGCUGGACAGUGCAUUGGCAGUCAAGUGGACGUGGGACAAGGAGAUGGCCCCACAGCUCACCCAGCAUCGGAGGUCCAACCCCACUGGGGCUGCCCCUCUGAGCUCCCAGGGCAGAGCGACCACGGCCUGGGCCGAGACAGAGACACUGCCCAGCACAGACCUGGCCCAGCCUCGUUCAGAUGGCAACCCUGUGGGACCUGGGCCGAGCCUCCUGCCUCAGUCAAGCCUCCCCCCAAGUAGAGCUCCAGGGCAGUUGGGUGAGAAGCAGUUUCCAUCUUCAACCUCGGAUGAUCGGGUAAAAGACGAGUUCAGUGACCUUUCUGAGGGGGACUUCCUGAGUGAAGACAACAAUGACAAGAAGCAGAAUACCCAGUCCUCAGACGAGUCCUUCGAGCCUUACCCAGAAAAGGUCUCUGGUAAGAAGAAUGGAAGCAAAGAAGCCAAGAAGCCUGAAGAACCAAAAAUCCGAAAAAAGCCUGGACCAAAGCCAGGCUGGAAGAACAAGCUCCGCUGUGAAAGGGAGGAGCUGCCCACCAUCUACAAGUGCCCGUACCAGGGUUGCACAGCUGUGUACCGAGGGGCUGAUGGCAUGAAGAAGCACAUAAAGGAGCACCACGAGGAGGUCCGAGAGAGGCCCUGUCCCCACCCUGGGUGCAACAAGGUGUUCAUGAUCGACCGCUACCUGCAGCGGCACGUGAAGCUCAUCCACACAGAGGUGCGGAACUACAUCUGUGACGAGUGUGGACAGACCUUCAAGCAGCGGAAACACCUCCUCGUCCACCAGAUGCGGCACUCGGGAGCCAAGCCUCUGCAGUGUGAAGUCUGUGGGUUCCAGUGCCGGCAGCGGGCAUCCCUCAAGUACCACAUGACCAAACACAAGGCUGAAACUGAACUGGAUUUUGCCUGUGACCAGUGUGGCCGGCGGUUUGAGAAGGCUCACAACCUCAAUGUGCACAUGUCGAUGGUCCACCCUCUGACGCAGACCCAGGACAAGGCCCUGCCCCUGGAGCCACCACCACCCAGGACCACGGAGGGUCAGGCUGUGAAGCCCGAGCCCACCUGAAGGUGCUCCAGCACCUGAACUCAGCAGGUGGUAGAUGGGGUUGAAGGAUGACUUUCAUAGUUCCUCACACGAGACCUUGAAGGCACAGCUUUGCUCACUCUAGAAAGCCCCCAUGCUAAACCCCACCCCUUUGCU